AUGGCCACCGUGCUCACCAAUCCAUCGAGAGUCAACUCUACCAGCACGUUCUCCACCACUCUCACCAACAUUAUCCAAGUCUUCAAGGCUACCUGGUCCGUCACAGCCACACUUCUCCGCCUGACGGGCACCUGGUUGUUGCUCAGCAUCGGCCUCGACCUCGCCUUAGUCGUAUUGCGCAUCUUCGCCAACUGCGCCGCUGCCAUCGAGAUCUUCACAUUCAACAUCCUCGCCGUCAUGUGGUACCGCAGCCACGUCUUCCUGGUCGGUUUCUUCUUCAUCCUCGCAACCACAGAAUUCCUCCUGAGCAUUCACAUGAAAGGCUACGUUCACGCUCAGCGCCCACUUUACUGGAAACUGGCCGAGACCCCUGUUCCUGGACUCGACGCCGUGGUUCUGUUCACUUACAUCACGGCCGUGAACUGCGUCUGGCAAUUCGAGUACGGUGAUCUUCUUCAAUGUAACGCAGAAGCUGUAUUGUGUCUUGUGGAGCUGGAACUUGCGGGCUUCAUUGCUGUCUCAAUUUACACAUCGAUCUGUGGUCCCAUCCAGUUAUCAUCACCGGCUCAAGCAAAUGAAAGCGGCAGCGAUCAAAAUACUUGCCCACUGGACUUUGUUCUCGCGGCAAUGGAAUCUUCGACCCCUGGCGCUUUCUCUCGGCCUGCUACUUCCUGCCGCUACCUGCCAUCUCCGGCCGCAGCUCACGACGAAGACACUGAGCCUCGUGGAAGGACCAUGCUGCGUCGCAGCGAUUCAAAUAUCGAGUCCAGCCGGUCGCCACACGAGAAGAAGGCAAAGGAGAAAGCCGCAGCGGCGGCGUGGAGGAGGAAUGAGUGA